CAUAAUCACCGAAUAAGCUUCUGUCUUUGCUUAGAAAGCAGAGACAGUUACAUAGUUUUGUUGCGACUUGCGAGUUGCUUGUGUGAUCUGUUAUUAUAGUUUCUCACUUUCUCUACCUCUUAACCGCGUCUUUAUGGUUCUCUCCUUUUAACCCCUUUGUCUUCCUCUUUCUCUUCUCUGCUCUCUUCCCUAUUCGUAUCCUUUGAUCUGCGCCUCAUCACUGUCAUCAAUUCCGAUUCUGCGGCCAUAAGAUUUUUUCCCUCCAUUAAAGUUAAUUUCUUUUCUAUCACGGCUGAUAAGAUUCUAACGCUUCUCUUGCAUUAUUUAUAGCUGGCUCCUCCUUCAAUCUUGGUUACGCUUCCUCUGUGUUUUCGAAUUUUUUUGUCCUCAGCGUUGACCUCGUAUGUUUUGGUCAGAUUCAGAAGCUGGAUUAUGAUUUUGAGCGUAUCGGUCAAAUGGAUUCCUUUCAAAAUCCAAUUUCUUUUUUGAAAUUCGGAUUGACUGAUUGAUUUUUAUUUUAAAAAAAAUUGGGUAAUUUGUGUUCUUCUUUGGUCUGUUUCACCAAACGGACCAGAGAGAAUAACCAGAGAAAAGUGUUGUUUUGUGGUGUUGUUGAUGGAUAGCGGAUCCACUAAGGAAGCUAACGGACAUGGUGGUUUUGUUAAGAAAAAGCCUAUUUCUGUGGCUUCUUUGGAUGGUGUAAGAGUUGAAGAGGAGGAGGAAGAAGAAGAUGAAGAGGAAGAAGAAGGGCGUGUUAAUGGAGAAGAUGAUAGUGUCUCUAAGUCCUUGUUGCCACCUCGCAGAGGUGGAAUGUCACGCAAAUCAGAUAAUAGAACACGUAGUAGGAGGAGAGUGCAGUGGAAUGACAAGAAUGGAAAGAAGCUUUUUGAGGUGUUGGAAUACGAGCCAAGUGAUGUAAGUGAGUCAGAGGAUGAUGAUGACGACGACGCUUGUAUGUGUACAAUAAUGUAGAGAUCAUCUCAGGCUGCCUAAAACUUAUGAUGGAUUAACCCUGAAUUUGAAGUAACUAUUGAUGAGUCUGAGCAUUUGAUCUUGGGACGACAUCUCCCAUAAUCAAGAUAAGCAACUCCUUGUGUUUGCCAAUCUACGGAUCCGUUUCGAUUGGACUGUUGUGUGAAUUCCUCGAAAUGGAUAUCUUGUAUAAAAUUCUCACAUGACUCGAUCGCGUAUUGGUUUUUACCAUUGAUUAGAUUAUUCAACAUUCAUUGAGAUUCACCUUUGAAUCUUAGGCUAGCCUUCACUUUUCACUUUUCUAAUCAAUAGUAAAAAUCAAAGCAAGACCAAGUUAUGCAACAUUUUUAUGUAAGAGAAUUCAAUUCAUUUCAGUGAAUUCUCCAUAGAGAUCAAAGUGCACAUAUUGCUAAUUGCUGAAAGCAAUAUGAUUCAGACAGUGCUGAGAGUAGCACAGCUUCCAUGUAUGUAAAUCUUAUAGAGCUUACAUAAGAAAUAUGCUUCUUGUUAAAGGGUAGAUAUGCACAUGUUUCUUUUUCUUUUUACAAUUACUCAUUAUGUGAAACAAAUUUAUUGAAUCAAGUAUUCUCAGUUAAGCUA